AUGGCCUGGCGUUCUAGUGGAAGGACAAACACCGAACUGAUCACAAAUAUGUCUGGAGCAAUCCUCAAGUCAGACAUCGUAGCAGCCGCAAUGAAGAAGGUCGAUCGCGCAAACUACGUGAUUGACAAGUCUGAUGCAUACUUUGAUUCGCCUCAGCCCAUUGGACACGGCGCGACCAUAUCUGCGCCCCACAUGCACGGCCAUGCCGCUGAAAUCCUUCUCCCUUACCUCCGCCCAGGCGCUCAUGUCCUCGAUGUGGGCUCGGGCUCGGGCUACCUCAGUGCCGUCUUUCAUCAUCUCGUCAACUCCGAGUCCAAAAAAGGCAAAGUUAUCGGCAUCGACCACAUACCUGAGCUUGUGGACUGGAGCAAAAAAAACUUGCGCGCAGACGGGCUUCAGGGAGCGUUAGACGAUGGACAGAUCGUCUUAGUCGCGGGCGACGGACGACUCGGAUUUCUCGAGGGAGGUCCGUACGACGCGAUUCAUGUUGGCGCCGCUGCGCCUACUCUCCCGCAGCCUCUUGUCGACCAGCUCGCCCGUCCAGGUAGAAUGUUCAUUCCUGUCGGAACUCAUAGUCAAGCCGUUCGACAAAUCGACAAGGACGAGAAUGGGCACGUAACCGACAAGGAACUCUUUGGUGUCCUUUAUGUCCCAUUGACUGAUGCCACGAAACAGAGAAGCGAUCUUUGA